AACUCACGCAACGCUCCACACCUGCCGCUGCCGGCCGCGCACGGCCGCCCCCCCGCCCACCCACUAGGCCACUGCAGCCUCCCACCGCCGCAGCCGCUGACGACGGCGAGGAUGAGCGGGGCGGCGCUGUGCGCGGCGCUGACGGAGCUGGGGUUCGAUGGGGAGGACCCGCUGGACGCGGACGCGCUGGAGUGGCCGUUCCAGUACGAGGAGGCGCGCCCGCUGCUCGCCUGGAUCUGCUCCUGCCUCCGCCCCUCCAACGUCCUCUCCCCAUCCCACCUCGCGCAGUAUGAACAACUUGUGGAAGAGGGAAGACUGUUAGAGGGUGAAGAUUUGGACUCUGCUUUCGAUAGUAUUUCAGCCUUUUCGAGCAAGAAAGACAACCAAGAGGCAGUGUUUGGAUCAGAAGAAACCAUUCUUGAUAUCCGCGAAGCAAAACUAGCAUAUAGAGCCGAAGUUUUUGAGUUACAGAAGCAGCUUGCACGGCAGCAAGCACAGUUUGAUUUGCUUGCAGGCCAAGCUUCUACUCUUAUUCAAGGUAGAAGGGCACGUGUAUCUGCUAUGUCUGCAGUUAGUGGGGAACUAGUAUCGUUAGAUGAGAUACUUUCUUCCAGAAACUUGGAGAUGAAUGCAGUUCUUGGAAGAAUUGCGGCUACUACCCAGGAACUGGCCCAUUAUCAUUCAGGCGAUGAGGAAAGUAUAUACUUGGCAUAUUCGGACUUCCACCCCUAUGUUGUUGGCGACUUGGCUUGUACGAAACAGCUAAAUAAGUGGUUCUCAAAGCAAUUUGAGAAGGGGCCAUUUCGACUUGUUGCAGAGGAGGGGAAAUCCAAAUGUUCCUGGGUUAGUCUUGAUGACAUCACUAAUUGCUUGAUAAGAGGAGAUUCUGAAAAAUCUCAUCAUCACCAGCGUGUAGCUGAGUUGCAACGGCUUCGUUCCAUAUUUGCUACAAGUGAAAGACAGUGGAUUGAAGCACAAGUUGAGAAUGCUAAACAGCAAGCCAUACUCUCUAUAUUGAAAGCUCAAGUGUCAUCCGACGAGGCUCAUAUACAUAGGGACAUCCAUUCUCUCAGGAGAAAAGGUUCUGAGCUUGCUGGAGAGCUCUCAACACUUUCUCAAAAGGUGCAAGCUUUUGUAUCUGAGACGAUACCAUGCCUCUGUUCAGAACUUGCUCAACUUCAAGGCACAUAUAUUUUGCAAGGGGAUUAUGAUUUAAAGGUCAUGCGCCAGGAGUACUACAUUAACAGGCAAAAGACGUUCAUCAAUCACUUGGUUAAUCAGCUCGCCAGACACCAGUUUCUGAAGAUUGCUUGCCAACUUGAAAGGAAGAAUAUAGCUAGUGCUUACUCAUUGCUUCGAGUAAUAGAAUCUGAGCUCCAGAGCUACCUCUCAGCAGUCAAUACCCGUUUGGGCCAUUAUAAUUCAUUAAUUCAAGCUGCAUCUGAUGUAAGAGAACAAGGAGCAAUUGAUGAUCGUGACACUUUCCUCCAUGCAGUGCGAGAUCUCCUAUGUAUUCACUCAAAUGUCCAAGCAACAGUGCCAACAUACAUGUCAGCACAUGCAUUGGUUCAGCAGAUAUCAGCUCUUCAAUCUGACUUGCUUUCUCUUCAGUCUGAGCUGGAGAAUACCCUUCCAGCUGACCGGAAAAGAUUUAUCAAUGAGCUAUGCACUCUGAUUCAAACUGUGGAACAGCUUUUGUUUGCAUCAUCAACAACUGCAGAACCGAUAUUGACACCUUGGCCACUGAUGCGGGCGCUUGAUGAUAUGGAAAAUGCAAACGCUCAAGUUGAAGUUUCUGUGGAAGAAGUAACAAAGGCUCGCACCCAGAAGAUAAAGAUCUUCGAGAAUCGUGCUCAUGAGGUGGGGAGGGAGAGGCAAAUAUUCGUUGAUUUCUUCUGCAACCCCGAGCGCCUCAAGAAUCAAGUCCGAGAGCUGACCUCCCGCGUGAAAGCUCUCCAGGACUAGACUUUUUUUUUUUGCAGGCUGGAAAGUACAGGACGUGUCUCAUGUGCCGCGAUAUGUUUUGUGUAAAGUUUGGCUUUGCUCCAAGUCCAACAUGAAGUUGGGGCUGCUGUGCAGGGACGGUAUGGAACAAUAUAGACCAUCAGGUAGUUUAGUGAUUCAGGUUCUAAGGUCCUUGUGCCGCCCGGCAAGGAUGGCGCUGUUGUGAUAUUAUUUAUUAGUGAUCUGUAUGUUGUAAAAUAUGUCAGAAACCACGAGCUCCUUCUUUCGUGUAUGAUUGCACUUGAGUAGGUUGAGGUGGUAGUGCAUUUGUGGUGUGCAAAGAACAAUCGAUGCUGUAGUUUGGGUAAAUGGAAUCGUCCUUCACUCGCAGGGGGGUGCGAUGAAGUGAUAAUCCCCUCCCAACCAUUGGGUGAAAUUGACAGGAAAGUUGGGCUCUUUUUUCACUUCAAUCCACAUUUGUUCAAA